GAGCCAACUAUCCCAUAUUUCUUGGCUGCCACAAUGAGAGGACCAGGGUUAUUCUGCUGCUGCCUGACAGCUCUUCUCCUGCUUGGGGGUGCAGAACUGCAAGUCUCAAAACCUGAUGGCUCAGAUGAUGCAGCCUUUGUGGAGAGCAAGGCAGCCUCAGUGGACCCUAGCUUGGAUGACCAGAUGCUUUAUGCUGAACAAAUGCCAGUUGAAAGUACCCUGCUUCUACCCAUUACACAUGGCUCCGAUGAUGAUGCGAAACACGACUGUACUUCAGAGAGUGUGGAAAAAAUAAAGGUACCAGCUGAAGGGCAAGAACAGGAUAAUGCUUCUCAGAGGGUACCUUUUUGUGAACCAGUUACAAGUAUGGGCUUCAAAGAGAAAGAAGACUCAAAAACUGAUGACAAGGAUGGUGCUUUGAAAGUUGAAGAACAAGUUAAUUUGGAAAACCCUCCACUUGAAGAGAAAGAUAUCACAUUAGAAGAUGAUUUAGAAGGUGCUCAUAAUGAGAACCAAAAGUACCAUAGUGGGCAGACAGAUGACACUGCCCAAAGUGAACAUUUCAAGUCUAAUGGAGAAGAGAAAAAUGAUUCUACCAAAUCUGUAACAGAUACUAUUUUAGUGGAAGAUGAAUCACCCAGUACCACUGAUAUUAGUAUACACCAAGUGUCAGAAGAUGAAGUUGUAAAUAGUGGUGGGGAGCAAACUGUUUCAGAAAAUGACCUAAAUUAUGAGCAAGACCAUCCAUCAGAAGUCAAAGAUCCUUCUAUGUCAGAUAGCAAUACAGAUAUUUUAAAUGGCAACAGCUUUGAUUCUGGCAAUGAAGAAUUGGUGUUGGAGACUGUGAAUGAUGGUCCAGAGGAGGAAAUGGUAAAUGAACAAUAUCAUAAAGAAAACAAAGGAAUUUUAGAAGAGGAGGCAAAUAAUGUGAAGGAGCUUGAUAGUGAUGAUCAAGGCUUUCAGGCAAAAGAUAAUGGUUCCUCAGAAGAGGACGUAAAUGAAGGGCAAAAAGUUCAGAGUGAGGAUAAACUAAGAGAAGUGGAUGUUUCAGUGGAAGAGAAGGACAUAGUUUUGAAUGUUACACCAGAAAAUAACAAUGAUGGUAUAGAUGUCUUAUCAGUAGAAGAAAACGAGAAGGUAGUUCCAGAUAGUAGCAAUAAUUUAAAUAAAGGAAAUGUUAUAGAGACAUCAGAGUUAGAUAAUGACCCACCAUCUCAGCCAGAGACAACAGUGGAUAAUGACCCACCAUCUCAGCCAGAGACAACAGUGGAUAAUGACCCACCAUCUCAGCCAGAGACAACAGUGGAUAAUGACCCACCAUCUCAGCCAGAGACAACAGUGGAUAAUGACCCACCAUCUCAGCCAGAGACAACAGUGGAUAACGACCCACCAUCUCAGCCAGAGACAACAGUGGAUAACGACCCACCAUCUCAGCCAGAGACAACAGUGGAUAAUGACCCACCAUCACAGCCAGAGACAACAGUGGAUAAUGACCCACCAUCACAGCCGGAGAACACAAUUCUGAAUUCUCAUGACCAAGAGAAUAGUAAAGAAGAUGAGACAUUUUAUGAAGGUGAACCAACAGAGUCACCUUUGACCCAAAAGAAUACUGACAACCCAAGGCUACAGUUUCAAAAAGAUGAUGUGGAGGAUGUAGAAGACGUAACCAUAAGGGACCGGAGUCACAUAGACAGCACUCUUAAACUCACAGAGGAUAAGCCAAAAGAUGAUUACUCAGCGGCACUGCAGCGGCUACGGAAAAUUUAUCACAGUGCCAUCAGACCUCUGGAACUGUCUUAUAAAUACAACGAGCUGAGACAGCAUGAAAUUACAGCUUAUCAAGGACGUACCCUUGCUGACUCGGCCCCAGAUGGUGAGAUCACUUCCAAACCAAUGGUCCUCUUCUUGGGUCCCUGGAGUGUUGGCAAGUCCACUAUGAUUAACUACCUCUUGGGACUGGAUGAUACUCCAUAUCAGUUGUACACAGGUGCUGAGCCCACCACUUCUGAAUUCACAGUCCUGAUGCAUGGGCCAAAGAUGAAGACCAUCGAGGGCAUUGUAAUGGCUGCGGAUAGUUCCCGUUCUUUUUCCCCACUUGAGAAGUUUGGACAGAAUUUUCUAGAGAAGCUGAUUGGGAUUGAGAUCCCUCAUAAGCUGCUGGAGAGAGUUUCUUUUGUGGAUACCCCUGGAAUCAUUGAGAACCGCAAACAGCAAGAGAGAGGUUACCCAUUUAAUGAGGUUUGCCAGUGGUUCAUUGAUCGUGCUGACCUGAUCUUUGUGGUUUUUGACCCAACCAAGUUAGAUGUUGGCCUGGAGUUGGAAAUGCUGUUCCGGCAGCUGAAAGGACGAGAGUCCCAAAUCCGUAUUAUCUUAAAUAAGGCUGACAGCUUGGCCACUCAAGAACUGAUGAGGGUUUAUGGUGCACUGUUCUGGAGUUUGGCGCCUCUGAUCAAUGUGACAGAACCACCAAGAGUCUAUGUCAGCUCUUUCUGGGCUGAUGACUACCAUGCUGAAACACACAGGGAACUCUUCCUUAAGGAGGAGAUCUCCCUUUUAGAAGAUCUCAACCAGGUCAUCGAAAAUCGGCUGGAAAACAAGAUUGCUUUUAUUCGUCAGCAUGCUAUCAGGGUUCGUAUCCAUGCUCUUCUGGUGGACCGUUAUCUUCAUACUUAUAAAGACAAAAUGACAUUUUUCAGCGACGGAGAGCUAGUGUUUAAGGACAUUGUGGAAGAUCCUGAUAAAUAUUUCAUCUUCAAAUCCAUCCUCGCUAAGACCAAUGUCAGCAAGUUUGAUCUUCCCAACAAAGAAGCUUACAAAGAUUUCUUUGGAGUGAACCCAAUUUCAAGCUUCAAACUCCUUUCCCAGCAGUGCUCCUACAUGGGAGGUUGUCUUUUAGAAAAGAUUGAGAAAGCCAUUACUCAUGAGCUCCCAGAUCUUCUUGGCAGCAUUGGCCUCGGUAAAAAACCUGGGUCACUCAACUGUGAUGUGACCGGCUGCGGAGAGGCUCCAAAAAAUCGCUACAGGAAACAUUAACUGCGUUCCCUAUAGAUACCAACAUUUUCCAUAAAAAACAAUCUCAAUGUGUUUCAGCACCAUAACAAGGUCCCAUGAUCUUUCAGUGAUGGAGUUAAUCAGCUCCAGAAGACCCUGAGGACUCUGCCCUCCUUACAAUGUGUCCUCAAGGUGUGUUGCAAAGAUGAUACUGUAUAAACCCUUCAGUACUGAAGAGAUCAAUGCAUUGGUGGUCACUCUUAAAAGAAUUAAGGAAAGCGCUUGAGGUAUCUAAAAGGAAGUCUGAUAUUCUUGAUGGGACUCCGAGAGACUGCAGCCAAUUAUGAUUUCACUUUAUUCUAGGUUUCUAACUCCACCAUAAAAAAAAGAACAAUAACAAAAUAGCUCUAUAAUGUUCUGUUUGGAGACCACGGUGACGGGGGCAAAUGAGAAAUCUCAAUUUACUGUAGUCUCUUCUGAUACUUCUGGCAUUGCAAAAACCCAAAUAGGAGGAAUUUUUUAACGAUGACAUUUUCUAAUGUUAUGAUGGUACCUCCAUCAAUGUAAAUAUGUAAACUCCAUGGCUAAACCUAUGUUCUGUGGAACACAAAGUCUUCCCUGUAGCAACCAGUGAGCUGGUAGGUUUUAAUUAUUUAUGAUAUCGACAUGAGGGCUUCUGUUUUAUGGAUCUACUGUUAACUACCUAUUUAGACAAUAUAAUUACCAAUCAGGGUGGGAAGCGAUGCUCAGUUUACCAUACCUGUACUGAGUUUAUCUGAUGUAUGUGUUGCUAUGCCAUGGCUCCAUUUGAACGGCCUAUAUUUAAAACAACAUUACUGUCUGUGUGCAUAUUUUUUCUUAGUUUCUUGCUAAACCGUAAGUCUGCUUGCUGCAUCAGAAUUUGUUGUUUUUCUUAUUUGUCACAUUUUUUUUUACCGUUUUACACCAGUUGCUGUUCUGUUCCUUAGCAACGUCUAAUCUCACAGAAGCUGAAGAAGCAAUGGGCAGAAAUGGCUUUUUUUCUUAUCUUUACAAGGCCAUCUAUGCAUGUAACAACGCACCAGUAGUAUCAGCAGCUUGAGGUUACAAUAAUAGAUUUUUGUAUGCACAAAUGCCAGACACAUAAAGAUGCGUGGUCUCUGUUCGCGUGAUUACAAUUUACCACAAUGUGAUUACGGAAGUUACUUUUUUUUUUAAGAAACUGUCAUUAAGUGUAAAUUAAAUGAAGUAUAUAUAUAUAUAUACACCAGACAGUAAUGCUGCUAUAAUAUAGUUCACUAAUAUCCACUAAACAAUAUAAUACAAAGGGUUUCAGUAAGAAAAAAAGCCUCAUUAACCCUUUAAAUGUGAGUAGGAAAUCAAUCAGGAUAUUAUUAUACAUCAGAUAUAUGAGUGGGAGACUGGAAGGUUAGCGUAAAAGGGUUAAAGGUCUAAGUGUUUUGACUUCAGUGUGAUUUUUUUGUAAGUUUAGUUAAUCGCUUGCGUGCUGAAGGGCCCCCGCGUCUGUUGCAGGGGUGAUCGCAAUAGUGAGAUGCAUCUGGAGAUAAUUGAGAUAUUCCUUCUGGAAGAUUUUGAUCAGGUUAUUGAAAACCAUCAUGGAAGCAUGGAUUAUUGUCCUGCAGGCCCCUUCAGCUCUUGUUGGAUUAAUAUAAAGUAGAGUUAGAUACAAAUGAAUAGAUUAAGCAGCAGAUGACACUUUCUUGGUCCAAAUAUUUAAUAUCUUUUUUUUUUUUUUUAUCAUCAACUGUCCUUCCAGUUUGUUAUUAUGAGCCUCUGGACUGAUUCUCCUCUUGAAAUACAAUAAAAUAGUUUGAGCUUGUUACAACA